UGAUGAUCAGUGCUCUGAUGAUUGGUGCCCAGCAGUGCCACCCACCAGUUCUGCCCACCUGUGCCCAGCAGUGCACCCACCUGUGCCCAGCAGUGCACUCACCUGUGCCACCUAGCAGUGCCAUACACCUGUGCCCAGAAGUGCCACCUACCUGUGCCCAGCAGUGCCCACCACCUGUGCCCACCAGUGCCACCCACCAGUGCCCAUCAGUGCAGCUCAGCAGUGCUGUCAGUCAGUGCCACCAGUCAGUGCCCAGCGGUUGUGCCAGUCAUCAAUGCCUAGCAGUGCCGCCAGUCAGUGCCCAGCAGUGAUGCCAGUCAGUGCCACCUAUCAGUGCUGUCUAUCAAUGCCACCUAUCAGUG